CGGGGCGAAGAGCCAGCCAGAACCAUGGGGUUGGAUUCGAAUUCCAGAGGAUUUAAACGGCCUUUAGAACCGUAGAGAGUGGGGCGUGUAACGCCGCCCAAGCCCCAGCAGGUAGGGGACCCGGACUUCCCAGCAGCCCACGCGCCCCCCAUUGCCCGCGAAUGCUGGGAGCCUGACGCGCAGCUACCAACCUUCAGUGACAGUUGGUCACAUAUGAAACUGAUUUACUGAAACAUCAAAUUAUGCAGAAAAUCUCCAAGAGAAAUAGUAAUUCACCUAUUGCUGGUAAAGAACUGAACUCUGUUUGUCCUGAUAAGAAGAAGAAAGAAAAUAAAGACAAUUUUGUUGAAAUAUUACCUCCAGAAGUCACUUUUAAAAUUUUUAGCCAACUCGACAUUCAGAGUUUAUGCCGAGCUGCAACAACAUGUAAAAGUUGGAAUCAAGAAAUUAAGAAUUGUGACUACUUAUGGAAACCCCACUGUUUGACUGUUAGAGCUAUAUGUCAAAAAGAAAUAGAUGGCGAUCGAGGAAAUGGAUAUUCAUGGAGGGUAACGCUAUUGAGGAACUACUGGAAGAGUAAGGUAAAGCAUGAAUGGCUAAGUGGCAGAUACAGCAAUAUUUGCUCUCCUGUUAGCCUACCAGAAAAAAAUAUGUGCCCUAUGGAUGCAGAUACCUGGGGGGAAAUUCUAGAAGCAGAACUUGAAAGAUAAACUGAAAAAUCCAGAAGAGGUCUUAACUUUCAAGAGUUGAAAGCAAACAUUGUUAUGGUGCAAAUACUCUGUUACCUUUAUUUACUCAGUGUUCAUUUGUUUUAUUUGUGAACUUUUAAAAGAACAUUAUAUGAAAUACAAAUCUUUACUUUGUACUUUACUCCUUCCCACCAAAAUUUUUAUUUGAUAUUUUUGUUGUAAGAAUGAAAAUUCCAGUGAUGCUGUUUCUAAAAGGCAUACUAAACUGCUGAAUUGGUUUCAA